CCGGACAUUGUUUCGUGUAGUUGUUGUUGUUUGUGUCCGCUAAGGCGCUUUACGGACCGGUUAGCCACUUUGCUUUGCUUUGCCCUCGCUGCGUGUGUUCUUCGAACUUCCACCCCGUGAAACGUCCCCACUCCCGCAACAAGCUAGCCAACUGAUUUAGCGACGCGAAAACCUCCACUAACCCGCGAAUCGGUCGUCACCAGCCAGGCCGAGUUAAGAUCGAGCAGAUUUGAAUGCAUUUGAGCGAGUUGACUAUGAAAAGCGCUGCGUGAUAACGAGCGUUAACGCGUUGUUCGAGAGAGGGUGCUCAUACGCAACUUUCGAAAAGAUUCUCGCUGCUCAUUGAUUCUGCUCAAGAUUCUCGCUGCGCAUUGAUUCCGCUCAAGAUUCUCGCUGCUCAUUGCUUUUCCGUCCCCUCACAAAUGCGCUACGCUGAACAGAAUCCGACUUUCAAGUGCUUCACUUCGAGGCCCGACGGCGAUGUUUGCGCGUGUCUUCACAAGUUCGCCGUCUAAGCGUGAUGACGCUCGAUCCGGAACAAGUGAAUUGGAGAAAGCUCUUUCAGAGCAGGACUUGAAGUUCCUUGGGGACCUUAUUGCUUGUCUGCUGCAGGGAUGUUACCAGCGCACUGACAUUACUCCCCAGGCCUUCAGCAGAUAUCUGGAUGACAUCAUCAGCUACAGGUGGGAGCUAGAAGAGGGGAAGCCCAAUCCGCUUCGGGAAGAGCCCUUUGAAAACCUGCCACCACGCACUCAGGUCCAACUGCUGCACCGUCUCUGCGAUUACCGUCUGGAUGCCGCCGAUGUUUUUGACCUGCUGAAGGGCCUGGAUGCAGACAGCCUGAGGGUAGAACCCCUUGGGCAAGAUGGCAACGGAGUCCUCUACUGGUAUUUUUACGGCACCCGUAUGUACAAAGAAGAGCUACACAAGAGAAAAGCGGAGAAAAUCAGUGAAAACCCAGAGUUAACUUUACCGGAAAAAAAGAAAAGAGGAAGGCCACCAAAGAAGAAAAGAGGAGACGACGCCGAGCUAAGUGAGGCAGAAAGUGAAGAGAAUACAGAAAAUGGAAUGGAUGAUAUACCUCCUGCUAAAGGUCAUAGGCGGGGCACCUGGUCUCUCGCGUGUGAAACGGAGGAACAGUGGGUCAACUUGGCAGAAAGCAUCAAGGAUAAACUGUCGCCCCAAGACCGCCAUCUCUACCGCGUCAUCAGCCAGAAUUUUCUGCCGGAGAUACGCAGCAUGAUAGAGCACAAGGAGCGUGAGCAGAAACAGAAGCUUGAGGAUCCAACUCCAUACCGUGCAUCACAAUGUUGGGCUGAAAAACACACCAACCAAGAGGCGGUGGACAAUGUGAAUGCCACAGCUGAGUUGGAGAAGAGAGAAGAUGAAGAGCUAGUCAGGCAGGUCCUGCUGACCAAGCAGCGGCGAGAAGAGGAACGGCUUCAGCAGGAAGAACGGCAGAGAGAGAAAAUGGAGAAGAUAAAAGCUGUGGAGGAGCGGGCAAAGAGACGUAAGAUGCGAGAGGAAAAGGCCUAUCUGUUGUCAGAAGGAAGAGACCUCCCACCGGAACUUCUGAAUUUAGAACCUUCUUCGCCGGUCCUUAGAACACGGAGUACUAAAUUCUAUGACAUGGAAGAGGACUACACGGGUUUAUACAAAGUGCUGGAGGCCUUGAAGGCCCAUAAAGAUGCCUGGCCUUUCUUAGAACCCGUGGAUGACUCCUAUGCCCCCAAUUACCAUGACAUAAUCCAGACUCCCAUGGACCUUUCCACCAUUGAGAGGAAACUCAAUGAUGGAGAGUAUGUUGCUAAGGAGGAGUUUAUUUCUGACGUGAAGCUCAUAUUUAAAAACUGCAUUGAGUACAACGGAGAAGACAGUGAAUACACCGUGAUGGCAGAGUCUCUCGAACGCUGUUUUAACCGGGCCCAAUUAAAACACUUGCCAUCAGAGGAGGGCGACACUGAUGAAGAAUUCCACAUCAGCAAAGAAGACAAGGAGCGCAAGGAGAAAAAGCGGCAUCGAAGCAGUAAACAUUUGGGACCUGAAAGUUUAAUCAAGGCCACCGAGGAGGUCCAGCGUAAACGAAGUUUGCAGGGAGGCAAAGGCCAAACGCCAUUGGGGGGCCAGGUCGGCAAGUCGGUUCGACCGCUUCCGCUUUCACAUUGGGGCUUUCCUCUGAGCCAACAACACCAGCACGAAGGAGAGACCCGGGGCGUGUACCACCCAGGACAACAGUUACAUCGUCCUCCUGGACCCCCUGGUCCUCAUGGUCUGCGCGUGUAUGCUCAUAGAAUGGGCAUGGAUCCCCGUUUUGCCUACCCGGGUCAUAUUCCGAGGCAUGGAGACCCCGACUUCGAUCAUUUGCCUCACAACUUUAACAUGCAGCAUCACAUGGGCCACAGGUAUCCAAUGGGCCCCGGUGGUCACCGGCAUCUUCAGCAGCAGCAGCAGCAGCACCCUUAUAUGGGUCCAACCCAUGGCCCAUCUCUGGGCCCCCGUCCAAUGGGCCUUCAACUUCGACCUCCUCCUGAGGCCAGCAUAUACCCGUCCCACUACCGUCCGGAGAGCCACGCGAUGCACCCGAUGGGGAAGCAAUUAUCACGGCCCGAUGGGCCUCAGCAGCACGAUUACGCAGGCUUGAGGCAUCCUGGUAUAGGACUGUCUAACAUGUGGACUAGUUUGAAUCACCAGCGUCUGGAGAGACCCAGUGGAAUUCACAUGCAAGACCCUAGUGUGCUCAGCCAGCACAACUUGACUUACGGAGGGGUGCCGCCUCCGGUGGGACAUAAGCCGUGGCCAGAAGCUGCCGGAUAUCCCCAACCUCCUCCCAAUGCCCAGUACCAAACUUCCGCAGCUGCGGUCAGUUCCCCGGGCCCCAUGCGGCAACGCCCCCCCUUAACCCACUCGGACUCCUCCACCAAGCCGCGGGUAGCCUCUAUGUUGGAAAGUCCAGAGAUGCUAGCUUUGCAGCAGCUGUCGGCCUCCUCGAGGCCUCCUGUUGGCUCCCCCCAUCGGGACAUGUUUCACUUUCAACAGUCCAGGCCUCCAUCAGGGCUUGGCAGCAUCCCAACGGAUCCCUCUCAGCCACCCCCAUCCCCUGAGGUUCAGCUGCUGCAUCCUACAGGAGACAAUGGGCCAGACAGCCGGUCUCCCCCACAGACGCGCGUUCAGCCCAAAGGAACGUCAGAAAACCAAAUGGCUGAUAAAGAAGACAUUUCCAACGAACUUCCUUCAUCUGACAAGAUUGUUUCAGUUGACCAAGAGCACCCAUCCGUUCCUAAAGCCACUCGAGACCACAGUGGGCCAGCAGAGGGACUACGCAGCCCUCAGAGACCUCAGAAGACUGUGUCUGAACAAAAACUGCUACAGAGUGGAAAAGAGGCCCAUAUGCAGGAAGGAAAUGGACAACUUCAAAUGAACGGUUCGCUGUCCUUGCACUUGGAUGCUAGUAAAAACAAGAGUUCUUAUCCGCCCAACACUGCUCAGCCUGCACAGAGCAGUCCUCUCCAGAGCCUUGCACUUGUCCAGCAGUGUGUGUCUGAAAGCGACUCUCCGCGUACGCCGGAUGCACGUCAGCAUAAUGAGCUGAAUGUCCCAAAACAUCAUCGGCAAUGUCCAACCCAAGAAACUCUAGAUGGAAGAGCUCUAGACCACCAUCAGAACUCUCCUGCACAGAUGCGCCUGAACACAACGCAACUGCAAACGUCACAUAUCAUUCGAAGCACGCAGAGCACCUCUAUGCGUGGCAUGUCAUAUGGUGUCUUACAGAGAGCCCACCCUGGACCCCCUCUCACCUCUCUGCCCCCCAGCCACCCUGCUCCACACUUACCCUCCCAGCCAAGCCCAGCAGAGCAUGGGGAUCAAACGCCCUGUGAGCCUACAAGUCGGUUGGACACGGAAGGUCCGCACGCAAUGAAAUUUGGGCCUUCGAAUAGUGCUUCCAAGCAACAGCAGCAGGCAUUUAGUCCAAGCAAUCAUCGAAGCCAGAAGGUGAGUAGUAAUGCGGGUAUGCAGGCAGAAAGAGUGCCGGCGUCUGUUCACAAUACAACCGCGUCUACUCAUUCCCAAGCUCAGGUAAACGGAGCUAUGGGUUCCUACGGCACGGAGAACCUUCCGCGUCCACAGUAUAGCCAGACAAGCAUGACCGGGCCCAUUUCUCAUUCCGCUCACCACCUUUAUCACAACCAGACCCUCAACCCGCUCCACAAUAGCCAAGACCGCUCCAGCUAUCACCAGCAACAGAGAACCGCUUAUUCGUAUCACAUGCCUGGCCCUCAACUUCCCCAUAUCCCCGCAAACAUGUAUCCGCCGCCAUUCCCGCAGGAACACUAUUAUAACCGACCACAGGCCCCUAACCUUGCCAAUAGUAGAGGGGGUUAUCCUCCAGAGGGUUGGCAGCGAUCUCAACAGUCCAUGCUGCCUACUCCCUACCUGCCCGCAUCCAGUGCCAAAGGAAACAGUCAGGCCAAUGACGCUUGCGUGUCACCGACAUGCUCGGAGGGCUCCGCUAGUGUGAGUGUGUUGUCCCCCAAAGCUGCUCCGCUCCUCGGAGGCUUGGAGGAGAGCAAGUGGGAAGGCGGAAACGGCGGUAGUGCCAGCCCAGCAAAGCGCAGUCAUACUAAGGGGAACUUGGAGCAACCUGAAAGUCCAAAAGAAAUCCUGGACCUUGAUCGCCACAACGCCGCCACCCGCCAUCGUAGCAACCAGCCCCUCGCCUCCACGUCACAUAUUCCUCACGGCUUCAUGUAUGACCGUCGCACCGUGCACCUGGCAAUGCAGCCGGGUGCCGCCUCGCCCUCCCACAGUGGAGUUGGUAAUGGAGCCCUUUACCCUAGACCUCCAUACCCAGAUCCAGGGCCAUAUGCUGUGCAGAGACCUCACCCACACCUGAUGGAGGCCCUUCAGCGGCCCCAGCACUUGCCUCUCUCCCCUGGUCAGAUGCGCAUGUCCAUGUACCCUCGCUCUGGUGGCCACUUUCAAAGCGUGAUGUUUCAGCAGAGCGGCUUUGCAUCCGAAAACUUCCUACACCCGGGGCAACCGGUGAUGACUGCACCAGGCGGCGCGAGCAGCAAACAAAUGAGUGUGACGUGCUUCGCAUCACCAGAGCAUGACGAACGGAAACUAAAGGAAGAGGUGGACUUGCUGACCCCACUGACAUAGGCUGCAGAGGGCACUAUUUACAGUAUACAGCAACUUGAUCAGUUUUGUUACCUGGGCUUCUGGUUUUGGUCGGACUUUUUUCUGAUUUUGCCAGAAAAAUCCGAGUACUAAAAUCCUUCUACUGAGCCCUUGCGAUCAAGAGUGUCGAGGUUGCGGUCCUUUUGAGAGCAUCGUCCCGACGUCAACUUGGAUCUUCCGGUCAAGUGUCUUUUACCACAAGGCCGCUCGGUGCCCGUGAGAACACAAUCAGAGCAGGGAUGGAUUAACUGAACACAGGAGCAAGCCUUUUCAUAAUGGUGCUGUUCUCUACUGAAUCGCAUCGUUAAACCUCAGGUACUGUAUAAAGAAAGGCGAGAGGGUACAGUGGGACUGUCACUUUGACUCAAGACAACUUACAGGUGCAAUUGUCUUGGUUGCGUUUGUGAAUGUAGGAGUGAAUGUUUAGAGGAUGAGCACAUUAGCUGAGACUUGUGAAUCCUGAAGAAAAUACAUCCAUGAGUGUGGUUGCACUUCAACGGCUUCACGGAGGUUUAGCCUUAAUGGCUGUAUUUGGCAAACCGUUGAAGACUGGCAAAGAUGGCACCGGUUGUAUUCGGAUUGUACCCGACUUCAUUAUGCACUAUGGCUUUGUUAGACUAAACCUCCUGAAAUUGAGUGGCCUUGGAUAGUCAUCGUUUUCCCUCAACCCUUGUUCACGUACAUGUACGAAUAGCUAUGAAUCCGUUAGCGAGCCCCUUCUGUGAAGAGAUUUGUCUAAGGUAACAUUUUUCUGGUAUUGCGUCCCGCUCGCCGUUACAUAUUGACAGAGCGAACAUCAAAUGUGACAUUCCACCAAGUCUCGGCCCCGUGUGUUGACUUCUUCUGUAAUUCGCUUGCUCUUCUCAGGGAUUCCACUUUAUACGGGUAUUUUUCUGCACUGUUUUGACGGAGGUGCAGCUAAAGGAAACCUCAGUUCCAUGUGAAGUUUCACUCGUGAGAAGCCUGUUUUCGUUAAGUGGCUACGAUUGAUCUUAAAUUUCUUGUCUCAUUGCAGUUUAUUUUAUAUAACACUGGCUUUAUUCAUUUUGAGGGUGUUUGUUGUUGUUGUUGUUGUUGUUGUUGUUUUCCCCCCACCACCAUCUCACAAUGUGCUGAAAAACACUCUUUUUGGCGGCAAAUCAGUCUACCUCAUUGAGCCAGGUAAUCUGAGGAUUCUAAAUGGUCCCGUGAGUCAAUUUGUUUUUGUGUUACCAACCUUGGCAUCUUUUGUAAAAGUUGUCAUGCCGUGCCAACUAAUGGUGCUUACUGAUCUACCAAUUACAAUCAUGAUUUAAAAUGAAUCUCACUGCAUGCUAAAUUAUAGCUUUAGCUCAAGGCUAUGUGAUUGUACAUGGUGUUGGUGUAUUUGUUUGACUUUACCGGCACAUUUCUGCGAUCUGCCAGUCGUAUACGUUUGACAUACAGUGGGUACGGAAAGUAUUCAGACCCCCUUAAAUUUUUCACUGUUAUAUUGCAGCCAUUUUUUCCUCAAAGUACACACAGCACCCCAUAUUGACAGAAAAAAACCAAAUUGUUGAAAUUGUUGCAGAUUUAUUAAAAAAGAAAAAUUGAAGUCUCACACAGCCAUAAGUAUUCAGUAUUUAGCAGAAGCCCCCUUUUGAGCUAAUACAGCCAUGCGUCUUUUUGGGAAUGAUGCAACUGCAGUUUUUCACACCUGCAUUUGGGGAUCCUCUGCCGUUCCUCCUUGCAGAUCCUCUCCAGUUCUGUCAGGUUGGAUGGUGAACGUUGGUGGAAAGCCAUUUUCAUGUCUCUCCAGAGAUGCUCCAUUGGGUUUAAGUCAGGGCUCCGGCUGGGCCAUUCAAGAACAGUCACGGAGUUGUUCUGAAGCCACUCCUUUGUUAUUUUAGCUGUGUGCUGAGGGCCAUUGUCUUGCUGGAAGGUGAACCUUCGGCCCAGUCUGAGGAGAGAGCACUCUGGAGAAGGUUUUCGUCCAGGAUAUCCUUGUACCUGGCCGCAUUCAUCUUUCCUUCGAUUGCAACCAGUCGUCCUGUCCCUGCAGCUGCAAAACACCCCCACGGCAUGAUGCUGCCACCACCACCACCAUGCUUCACUGUUGGGAGUCUAUUGGACAGGCGAUGAGCAGUGCCUGCUUUUCUCCACACAUACCGCUUAGAAUUACAGCGAAAAAGUUCUAUCAGACCAGAGAAUCUUAUUUCUCACCAUCUUGGAGUCCUUCAGGUGUUUUUUUUUUUUUUUUUUUAAGCAAACUCCAUGCGGGCUUUCACGUGUCUUGCACUGAGGAGAGGCUUCCUUCCGUCCGGCCACUCUGCCAUAAAGCCCCGACUGGUGGAGGGCUGCAGUGAUGGUUGACUCAGCCACAGUGAUCUUUGGGUUCUUCUUGACCUCUCUCACCAAGGCUCUUCUCCCUCGAUUGCUCAGUUUGGCCGGAUGGCCAUUUCUAGGAAAGGUUCUGGUCGUCCCAAACGUCUUCCAUUUAAGGAUUAUGGAAGCCACUGUGCUCUUAGGAACCCUAAGUGUAGCAGAAUUUUUUUUGUAACCUUGGCCAAAUCUGUGCCUUGCCACAAUUCUGUCUCUGAGCUCCUCAGGCAGUUCCUUUGACCUCAUGAUUCUCAUUUGCUCUGACAUGCACUGUGAGCUGCAAGGUCUGCUAUAGACAGGGGUGUGGCUUUCCUCAUCAAGUCCAAUCAGUAUCAUCAAACACAGCUGGACUCCAAUGAAGGUGUAGAACCAUCUCAAGGAUGAUCAGAAGAAAUGGACAGCACCCGAGUCAAAUAUAUAUAGGAGUGUCACAGCAAAGCGUCUGAACACUUAUGGCUGUGAUAUUUCAGUUUUUCUUUUUUAAUAAAUCUGCAAAAAUUUCAACAAUUCCAUUUUUUUUAUGUCAAUAUGGGGUGCUGUGUGUACAUUUAAUGAGGGAAAAAAUGAACUUAUAUGAUUUUAGCAAAUGGAUGCAAUAUAACAAAGAGUGAAUAAAUGAAGGGGGUCUGAAUACUUUCCGUACCCACUGUGGUUUGGCAGGAAUACAACAUUUAUAGCACCAGCUACCUAUGUUUUAUAUAUUGAUGGAUGAUCAAUAGGAAAAACACGAGCUUAAAGGAGUUAUGACUUAAUAUUCUAUUCAAAUUGUGAAUUGUCUCACUGCAGUGGAUCUAAUUGGGGGGGGGGGGGUUGCUCUGAGGUCGUGUAUUCACUUCUGUUAUCCAAUCUGUAAACAAGUGUUUUCCAAGGCUACGUGAGGUUGCGGGUGGUGUCUUGCAGUGUACAGGUGUGGGUGAGUGCUUUUGUGUGCCCGCGUUUUGUCUGUUAUGCAGAAUUGACGCCAGAUAUCUGCAAGUCGCUCAUUAGUGAAAACCAUUUAGAUGUGAAUUAUAUUUAUUUGCUAUUUUACGAAUGUUUGUACAUUUUCGUGCUUGUUAAUGUAAAUAUGCUGUCCAUGUCUUUUUUUAAUGUCACAUUGUGUGCGUGUAUUCUUUACCUGGCGUUGGCAUUUGAAAAUAAUUGCUUGUCAAGUGGUGUUUACAAGUUUUUUUUGUUUGUUUUUUACUUGAAUGACAAAGUAGAUUGUUUGGGAAAUUGACUGGAGUAUUUUCUAUACUGUACAUUUUGAAAUAAAUCACUUUCCUCAAAUUAAA